AUGUUGCGAGUCGGGUCCUGGCUGUACGGCAAGAAGGCGGGGCAGUCUGUGGACUCGCAUGUUGAGUUAAAAGACUUGCAUGAUGCGCUGACAGCGGCAACGCUUAUUCUCAAUGAUGAUGUUGAUGGCGCGGAGGCUGGUCUCUCCACAGGCACUUCGUCUUUUCACGACUUGGGCAGAGGUGUGGUCGCAUUCGUCCGGGCGACACUAGGCUUCGAGCAGGAGGUUAUGCGACAAGCAUCCGAACGCCUUUAUGAAGCAGAAACCAGCGCGGCUACCGACCAAAGCCGGUCCCAGCAAAACGCUCAAGCACCCAGCGCCUUUCACUCCGAUAUCUAUGCUGCCGGCACCGAGUACGCGUUGUGCCAAGCAAUCGCCCAACUGAUGAGCGCGGUUGUUGGAGUAUUGAACGAAAGUCUAACAGAAAGCAUCAAAGCGUUUUAUCGGCUGAGAAAAGCAUAUAUCGCACUAGACGCUAUCAUGAAGAUGGAAGAAAAGUUUAUGGAGCAGAGGGAUAUACACAAAGUUCUACUGCCCACUGCGAGUGACCUCUCAAGCUCGAGCGCUGCAUGCCAAGACACGAAGUCGUACCCGUCCAGUCUUUCAUCGAAAAAAGGUGCAAACUCAGGUACUGCCGAUCAAACCGAGAUCACCUCAGCAAUGAAUGGAUUGGCGAUCUCUCCCCGAGGGGUGUCUCCAGACGCCUCCACAGGUACUUCCACACCUGUAAAGCAUAUCCACCACGAUCCCGACUCGGACAUCUUCAAAAACGAAAUCGAUGUUUUUGUACACUCCGGUGCCAAUUUCUGCUUUGGUAUUCUUCUUCUACUAAUCUCUAUGGUCCCACCAGCAUUCAGCAAGCUUCUUUCCAUUAUUGGCUUCUACGGCGACAAGCAACGAGGACUGAGGAUGCUCUGGCAAGCUAGCAAGUUCCACAACCUUAUCGGUGCCAUGGCGGCUUUGGCACUGUUAGGAUACUACAAUGGCUUUGUCCGCUACUGUGAUAUCAUGCCUGAUCCAACUCCUGGCGAGACCGACGUCGAGGGAUACCCGCAGGAGAGACUGGCUGCGUUGCUAGGGGAGAUGCGAUCUCGGUUCCCUAAUAGCCGACUUUGGAUGCUCGAACAAUCGCGGAUGUUAGGUGCCAAUAAGAAGCUAGACAGCGCUCUGGAACUAUUGUCCUCGGACAUCAAGAGCCCGCUCAAGCAGGUUGAGGGGUUGUGCGUGUUCGAAAAGAGCUUGAACGCACUGUUCCUCCAUAGAUAUGAUGUCUGCGCCGAAUCAUUCCUCGAGUGCGUGGAACUUAACUCGUGGUCUCGUUCAUUAUAUUACUACAUUGCCGGAUCGUGCCAUGUUGCCCUGUACCGGAAAUCACUCAACGACCCAAAGGUUGCAGAGGAACAUGCCAAGAAAGCUACCUUGUACAUGCGGAAGGCACCUGAAUUUGCCGGGAAAAAGAAGUUUUUGGCUCGACAACUGCCAUUUGAUGUCUUUGUGACUCGGAAGGUUGCCAAGUGGGAGGGACGCGCCAAAGAAUGGAACGUGUCUCUGGUGGAUGCGAUUGGGGUUGACCCCGUCGAAGAAAUGAUCUUCUUCUGGAACGGACACAGUCGCAUGACGAACGAGCAGCUAGAAGAGUCUCUGGCCCGGCUGGCAUGGUGCGAAGGCGAAAACAACAAGACAUGGUCCCGCGAGGGGGCCGAAGAAAAGGCGAUCCUAGAGCUUCUCCGGGCUGCCGUUUUGCGGUCCCUGUACAGACACGAUGAGGCGAAAAAGAUCUUGCAGACCCGUGUCUUGAAGCACGACAGGUCUCUAUUCAAGGGCCAUCUGAAGGAUGACUGGGUCCACCCAGUGGCGCAUUUCGAGAUGGCUGCCAACUUUUGGAUGGAGCGUCCUACAUACCAUGCCCUGCAUGGGAUUACUGCUUCCUCUAAGCCGUCGGACGAAGUUUCUGCGGAAUCUGAGAAGGCGAGCACAGAGGCCGAGAGAAAGCAGGUACGCGAGUGCAAGGAAUAUCUUGGUCAUGCUGCUCGCUGGGAGGCCUACGAGCUCGACGCUCGUAUUGGACUCAAGGUUACUGCGGCGAUGGAAGCAGUCAACAAAUGGGAGAGCAUGCACCCGACAGUCUAA